AUGCAAGGCCAAAAUGAUUGUCAACUGAGACAGUUCUGCCUUCCACCUCCCACCGUCCUGGUGAAGAGUUUUCCCGUGAGAGAAUGUCUGGAUCCCUGUGGCACCGUCUGUAACAUCCAGUGCUUACCUCCACGUGUGGAUCCCUGCUGCUGCUCUGGGAUCCCUCGAGGUACCACCACUUACGUGAACCUGGGUAACCUUGGUGCGACACAGAUUGCCAGAUUGCUGGAUCCGUGCUACCUUGGGCUCACCACGUGUGUGCCUCAGUGCUGUCAGGAAGAGACCCAAUGUACCACCACGUGUGCGGACCCGUGUUGUGGCAAAGUGACCGAGUGCUCCACCAAAUGUGAAGAUCGGUGCUGUGAGGAAGUGACCAAGUGUACCACCACCAGAUGUGUGGAUCCGUGUUGUGAGGAAGUGAGAAAGUGUACCACGAAGUGUGUGGAGCCCUGUUGCAAGGAAGUGACCAGGUGCACCACCAGAUGUGUAGAUCCAUGCUGCAAAGAAGUGACCAAGUGCACCACCACCAGAUGUGUAGAUCCAUGCUGUGAGGAAGUGAGAAAGUGCACCACUAGAUGUAUGUACCCAUGCUGUGAGGAAGUGACCAAGUGUACCACGAAGUGUGUGGAGCCCUGCUGCAAGGAAGUGACCAGGUGCACCACCAGAUGUGUAGAUCCAUGCUGCAAAGAAGUGACCAAGUGCACCACCACCAGAUGUGUAGAUCCAUGCUGUGAGGAAGUGAGAAAAUGUACCACCAGAUGCAUAGAUCCAUGCUGUGGAGGUGUCACCAGAUACACCACUAAAUGUGUGGAUCCAUGCUGUGACCAAGUGACCAAGUGCACCACCAGGUGUGUGGAUCCAUGCUGCGACCAAGUGACCAAGUGCAUCACCAGGUGUGUGGAUCCAUGCUGCGACCAAGUGACCAAGUGCACCACCAGGUGUGUGGAUCCAUGCUGCGACCAAGUGACCAAGUGCACCACCAGGUGUGUGGAUCCAUGCUGCGACCAAGUGACCAAGUGCACCACCAGGUGUGUGGAUCCAUGCUGCGACCAAGUGACCAAGUGCACCACCAGGUGUGUGGAUCCAUGCUGCGACCAAGUGACCAAGUGCACCACCAGGUGUGUGGAUCCAUGCUGCGACCAAGUGACCAAGUGCACCACCAGGUGUGUGGAUCCAUGCUGCGACCAAGUGACCAAGUGCACCACCAGGUGUGUGGAUCCAUGCUGCGACCAAGUGACCAAGUGCACCACCAGGUGUGUGGAUCCAUGCUGUGACCAAGUGACCAAGUGCACCACCAGGUGUGUGGAUCCAUGCUGCAGAGAGGUGGCCAAGUGCAUCACCAGGUGUGUAGAUCCAUGCUGUAGAGAAGUGAUCACCAGAUAUGUGGAUCCAUGCUGUGGAGGGGUGAGGAAAUGUGCCAUCAGAUAUGUGAAUCCAUGCUGUGGAUAUGUAACCAGAUGCACUACAUGUGUGGAUCCAUGCUGUGGGCAACUGACCAAGUGCACCACCAGAUGUGUGGAUCCCUGCUGCAAGGAAGUGACCAGAUGUGUAGAUCCAUGCUGUGGAGGUGUGAGUGAAUGUACCACCACGUGUGUGGAUCAGUGUUGUCAGGAAGUGACCAAGUGCACCACCACGUGCGUAGAUCCCUGCUGCCAAGAUGUGACCAAGUGCACCACCACAUGUGUGGAUCCCUGCUGCCAAGAAGUGACCAAGUGUGUGGAUCCCUGCUGCCAAGAUGUGACCAAAUGCACCACCACGUGUGUGGAUCCCUGUUGCCAAGAUGUGACCAAGUGUGUGGAUCCCUGUUGCCAAGAUGUGACCAAGUGUGUGGAUCCCUGUUGCCAAGAUGUGACCAAGUGCGUGGAUCCCUGCUGUCAAGAAGUGACCAAGUGCACCACCACGUGUGUAGAUCCCUGCUGUGAGGGUGUUCAGGCUGUUACCAAGUGUGUGGAUUCCUGUCCCACCUCCUGUGUGACACAAGCCACCCCACAGUGCGUGGGUGUAUGUUCUCCUCCCUGUGGCCAGCGCUACUCCAUCUCCUGUGCAGAUGUCUGCUGUCGUAAAUGCGUGGCUCCUUGA